GUAGUCAGCGACAUUUUGUUCCUCUCAGAGACUUCCUCGUCAAAGACAGCCGAGUGAACCCUUUAUAUAAACCUUUUCAUUUAAAAAUAUACAUGAAAAUAUGGCAUCUAUCGAAGUUCAGAUGCAACCGAACUCAACAGAUGAUCAUGGGGAGUUAGAUUUCGAAGAGGAGGUAGAAGAAAGGGACGAUGUCAAAAUGGAAGCAAAGAAUGAAGAGGAUAAUAUCGAUUUGAGCGAGGAGGAAAAAGCAAAAGAAGAUGGAGAGGCUAGUGAACUUAGUGACGAAGGAGAACUACCAGAUUCGAAUUCAGACGGAGAGCUCAACUCAGAUAAUGACCAUGAGACAGGAGCUAUUGAUAUAAUGAAUAAUAGACAGAUGCCAAAUAGUUCUAGACCAAUUUGUAGAUUUUUUCUUCGUGGAGCAUGUACUUGGGGUAAUACUUGCCGAUAUUUACACUCAGAUAGAUUCGGAGGAAAUGAUGCUUGGUCUGAUUGGCGAUUCUCUGGCCAGAAUGUGCCACCAGUAGUAGAGGCUCCAAAGACAGAGUCUGCUUGGGAAAGAGGAAUGAAACAGGCGAAAGAAAUGGUUAAGAAUGCUUCAGCAAGAAAAAAGCAGGAACCUGAUUUUAAUGAGAAGAAACUCACAAUGAAAGUUGAAGAGGCUCUCCCAGUGUAUGAUGAUCAUUACUAUGAUCAAUCUUCAGAAUUCAAUAGAAUUCGUUAUCGUAGUCCUCCUACACCUGAACCAUAUGCUGCUGCGACUGGUCAAUUCGAGCCCGCUCCACCUUCUGCUAAAACUAGUAGAAGAGGAGAUGAAUGGCACGAUCCCUGGGCACGAGGUAGAUCCCCCAAGCGACGGAAUAGACAUGCCUCCUAUUCCUCAUUUUCGUCAUCAUCCUCAUCAUCAGCAUCUUCAUCUCGGUCAACUUCAUCUUCAUCUGAUAGUAGUUCAUCAACGGGCAAGCAACAUGGAAAAAAACCUAACUCCUCGAAACCAAAACGUCAAAGGGAAGCACCUCGUGCUAAUCGCGUGUCUCAAACCAACCCUCGGUCUCGGCAAGAGAAUAAAUCAGGUCGUCCGAAAGAAUCAGAAGAAAAGAGGACAGUAUCAAUAGCGAAAGCACCAUCAAAUUAUCAAAAGGAAACAGUAAAACGAUCUCCUCCUGUUCAAAAAGUACGCCGGAAAAAAUCUACAUCAUCAAGUAGUUCUUCGGCCAGCGAAUCAACAGGUGAAUCGUCUCCUGAUAGGCGAAAUAAAAUGGGAAAACAAAAUAAGUCUAAACCUCCGGUUAAUGACCCAAAAAUGCAAAUGAAGGGACCUCCUCCCAAAGCUAAUGUACCAAAGCCUAGUAUUAAGAUGACUCUUACAUCUACAAAGAAUGUAGAUAGAAUGAAUGCAGUCAAACGUCGAUCGGCAAUUGCUGCACGUCUCAAUGAUGAUUCAGAUUCUGAAGUUGAGCCACCUGCAAAGAAAUCAGCAGUUUCAACUACAAAUAAGCCAAGAGAGGAAAAUAUGGAAAUAGUUGAAAAACCCCUAUCAGUUUCUGUGCCUAGACAAAGAAGAGAUUCUUCCCCAACAAAGCAGAGAAUAAAAGUUGAAAAAUCUCCCCCUCCACAAAAGCAAUUGAUUAAUAAAUUACCACCAGGUAAUGAUAAAAAGGGUUCAUCAAGGAGAGAAGAGCUCUUAAAACAAUUAAAGAAAGUUGAAGACGCUAUAAAGAGAAAAAAGUCGAAAAUGCAUUAA